AUGGACUCCAGCUACUUUGCCGUUCAGAGGAGAGCUCUGGAAAUCGCCGGAUUUGAUCCCAGUACCCCGAAUCUGAGCUUGAAACAUCCCAUUUGGGCAGGAAUACUUGUGCUUUCCUUAGUUUCCCACAACUGGCCGAUGGCGGUUUAUGCCCUGCAGGAUCUGUCCGAUUUAACGCGACUCACGGACAACUUUGCGGUGUUUAUGCAGGGAUCGCAGAGCACUUUCAAGUUCCUGGCCAUAAUGGCGAAGCGAAGGCGUAUUGGAAAUUUAAUUCACAGAUUACAUCAACUUAAUCAGGAGGCUAGUGCCACUCCCAAUCAGCUGGAAAAGAUCGAAAGGGAAAACCAACUGGAUAGGUAUGUCUCGAGAUCCUUCAGGAAUGCUGCCUAUGGAGUUAUUUGGGCAUCGGCCAUAGCUCCAAUGUUGCUUGGCCUUCUCGGAUAUAUUCGAACUGGGAUAUUUACACCGACCACACCCAUGGAAUUCAAUUUCUGGCUCGAUGAACGGAAGCCCCAGUUUUAUUGGCCCAUCUACUUUUGGGGAGUUUUGGGCGUGGCAGCAGCAGCUUGGUUGGCCAUUGCAACGGAUACUUUAUUCUCCUGGCUAAUUCACAAUGUGGUUGCUCAAUUCCAGUUGCUGGAGUUGUUCCUCGAAAAGAAGGAUACAAGUCAUGGAGAUGUUCACCUAACUGAAGCCAUACGACGCCAUCGUUUGGCUCUCGACUUGGCCAAGGAACUCAGCUCCAUUUUCGCCGAGAUCGUGUUUGUGAAAUACAUGCUGAGUUACCUGCAACUCUGCAUGUUGGCCUUUCGUUUCAGCCAAAGUGGCUGGAGUGCCCAAGUGCCCUUCAGAGCCACUUUUCUGGUGGCCAUUAUCAUCCAGCUCAGCUCCUAUUGUUAUGGCGGUGAAUACCUCAAGCAGCAAAGUCUGGGAAUAGCUCAGGCCAUUUAUGCCAAUUGCAAUUGGCCAGAAAUGCUGCCUAAAAACAGGAGACUUUGGCAGAUGAUGAUCAUGAGAGCUCAGCGACCCGCAAAGAUUUUUGGCUUCAUGUUUGAUGUGGAUCUACCACUUCUACUUUGGGUGUCAAGAACAGCGGGCUCGUUUUUGGCACUGCUGAGAACUUUCGGUUCCCCAUCUUAAAUUUCAAAGAAGGAAUCUAUCAAAAACACACCCAAACAUGAAAUCAAUAUUUAAAAAGC